AUGUUGAAUCAAAGACACUCUAUACGAGCGGUACAAAUACACCGCAAAGAGAUUUGCAGCGAUUUGGUGGUCGACUAUGUCUUAAGCCAUUUCGUCGACACCAAUGUCUUCACCGAAGAGGAAAGGGAUUUCAUACUGAGUAGCGGUGACUCGAUUGGCGAUCCGAUGGACGUGUUGGUGAGGGAACGGGUUCUUCACACACAGAACGAGACGUUCGUUGAUUUGGUGCUCAAGAAGAUGGAGACCAUUGACCACACGUUCACUACAUUCACGUAUAUACUGUUCAAAGACGACAACUAUCCGUGGAUUGCGAAGAGAUUGUUGGCGUUGAGGGAAGACGAGAGACGGAUGGAGGACAUGAACCACCAGAUGAACGAAUUGGAUCUCAUCAAUGGUUUGCCCACACGUUUCGAGAUCGUUGACCACAAUCUCAUGGCCACCAUCGGGAAGCCGGUGGACGUGUCGUUGCAUUUGUACGAUAGGCUUAACAAUCUGGUGAUCCCCGACCCUAACACUCAUGAGCCAAAGUUGACCAUCAAAUAUUAUAAAUUGAAAACAAUUGACAAUAAACUGGUCAUCAAGAAUAUUAUCAUUUCCGGACAAAUAGCCGAAAGUCAAAGAGAUUAUACCUCGAGAUUAGAAAUAGAUAUACCGGCCAUUGGUUGGAGGGAACAGGUGUUAAUCGACUUGCAGUGCGACAGAAGUACUCGUCCCACAGAGAUCUCAAUCGGAUUCCUGGUAUCCAAUGCUAUCAAACAAUUAGAUGAUUACAGAGUUCUCUGUCAGAGGGAGAAGCAUAUUGUCGACAAACUCCAAGAAUUAGGUGAAGACAUCAGUGAUCAUAACGACGAACCAAACGUCGAAAGGAAAUUAAAUAAUUAUAAGAAGUUAUUCGUUGAAUUGAAAAAUGAGGACAGAAUUCGUGCCAUUCGUGGAAAGGGGACGCCGACGGCUCCUAAAUGGGAGGGCGUGUUGGGACGGGUCGUGCACUUGGCUUAUGUGGAGGACCCCGAGUUGGCUAAAAGUAUUUCGUGGUUUCUUCGCGAUCACAUGACUUGUAUUGUCACUACAACUUCAGAAUUGGCACAAAAAGUGUGCGAAGAGUUGUCAGGCGUUCAGCAGACGCUUCCAUUGGAUUGCAUUCCAGACCACGAGUUAUAUUCACCGCAUCUUCCGUCCAAUCCAUCCAUUUCUGUAAAGUUUGCCACAAAUUAUUUAAAGUUUAAUCAAGAGUUUCAAGAAUUGGAUAAAGUGUUUGCUGCCAUUUUGGGCAAUACUUUGAUCAUUGAUGACAUGGAAGUGGCGAAGAGGUACAGACAACUCGUCAUUCGAGAUAUAAGAUGUCCCACUAUUAUCACCAAAACUGGAAUCUUAUACGAGUCGGGAAUUAUCGACUCAUGUCUUCCGACAGAUAUUGUUAUGUUUCAGUCGCCGCCAAAUCCGGACUUAAUUCGUGUCGAGACAGUGAUCGAACUGUUGAAGCGAUUCCUAUUCCUUCGCCGAAAGCGUGUCAGUGAAUCCACGUCACGAUAUGAUGACGAUAGGGAUUCACCGCCCAGUCUGUCACCAAAAGCACAUUCUCUUAACGAACCCUUAGAGUCACCCGCAAAGAAAAUAUGUACUGGAUAUAAUUUCUAUUAAAUUGUUUAUAUAUUUACCAUAAAAUUAAUUAACAAAUUUAUAAUUUAAAUAUUUUUCAAAUCUCAGCCAUUUUUCGUUGAAUGUUUCAAACAUUAAAAUGUUAAUAAAGUGAUCACAAUUGCAUUCAGAUAUA